AUGGCAUUAAGAAUCUCAUUUCGGAAGAUGAUGAUUAUAUUGCCGGUUUAAUAUGCGGUGAGAUGAUGGACAACUUGAAUCUCAUCGCUAAAGCCGUGUCCAGGUUUGCGGUUAAGUGUGAUGAGUCGAAUUUGAGGAGAUUUGAGAUUGCGUUUGGUGAGCUUGUUAAGUCUGGUAGUAGAGAUUUGUUUGGAUGGCAGUUAUCAUAUAGGGAAAUGGAGAAGAAUGUUAAGAAAAUAGAAAGGUUCGUCGAUGUGAACUCGAGUUUGCAUCGAGAAUUGGAACUGAUAUCGGAGAUUGAAUACAGUUUGAAGAGAACGAAGAACAGUGAUUUUGAGAAAAAAUUGGCUUGGAAGAAACGAGAGGUGAAACAAUUAAAGGAUAUUUCGUUUUGGAACAAAUCUUAUGAUUAUGUUCUUAUUCUUUUGGCCAGAAGCAUCUUCACUGUAUUCAGGAGGAUUGGAUUCGUUUUCGGAAUGAAUCACGAUAUCAUCAAAGAUUCUGGAUCUAUACUGGAUUUUGAUAUCAUCGAUCGCAGCCAUUCCAUUUCCGCGUCAUCUAUUCAUCCCUCUGAGACCGCCGGCGCAGGCGUUCCUAGAUUCUCUUCCGGUCCCUUAGACAAAUGGGUGGGCAAGAGAACAAAUUUUUAUUCAGGUCCAUUGGUAAGAUCUGACAAAACAGGGUCGAGGAAGGAAAAAACUCCUGUUUUUCUUUCCGGUCCACUGGAGAAAUCGACUUUGGGAUCGGUUAUAUCAACAAGUAAAUCCGGUUUUAAGUUAUGGCCUUUCAAAGGUAAGAAGAAGAGCUCAAAGUCAAAGCAGAAUCUUCGUGUUAAUGGCGAUGACAUACAGAGAAUCAAUCAGAUGAGCAAUCAAAGUAUAGUUUCAAAUGCAACUCCUCCUCCUGGAAGUCUAGGCGCAGCUGCUUUGGGCUGGCAUUACGCAAACAUUAUAAUCGCGAUCGAGAGGCUAGCCAUUUCUCCUUACUUAAUAGGUCAAGAUGCUAGAGAUGAUUUGUACAGUAUGUUGCCUGUUAACGUUCGAUCUACAUUAAGGGAGAAGUUAAAGCCACAUGGAAAUAAAUUGGUUUGUGAUACUGGUCUUGGUCAGGAUUGGAGUGAGUAUAUUGCGGAAAUGUUAGAAUGGUUAGGUCCUCUUGCACAUAACAUGAUAAGAUGGCAAUCGGAAAGGAGCUUGGAUCCUGGGAGUAGUAAUGGCGUUUGGCAGAGAAAUGUUUUCCUUGUACAGACACUUCAUUUUGCAGAUCAAGAGAAGACUGAAGAUACAAUUGUAGAGCUGUUGAUGGGGUUGAACUAUAUUUGGAGGCUUGGUCGUGAACUUAGUACUAAUGGGUGAUAGAAUGCUGAUCAAUUCUCUCAAUCUAGAAGAAGGCCUAUCAUAGAAAUUAAACAUCAUUCAAGUGUCACAAUUAGUCAUUAUUCCGAAGUUUGGGGAGAAGGGGAUGACCAUUGGCGACUGCCUAUCUAGCCCCGUUCACUCAUUCGAGGAAUCGCCUUUUUGGCCUCACUUACCCAACUCGAGGGAUUGCCUAAAUUAGUGUUUGCUUGUUAACAAAUGUUAUUUUAUCUAUAUUGAUAUUUGGAAAAAA